UCUAGUGACAGUUUUGAAAUUGCUGCUUUUCCUUUUCAUUUCAUCUUCAUCGUAUUUUUUUCCCUGUUAAUUUUUUCCUCUUGCUUUUUUUUUUUUUUUUUUCCUUCCAAUGCUAAAGAAGAUGAAGGUUAGAAUCCAGUUACUAGAAUGAAGUCUGCAGAAUGUCUCAACCCAACCAACAUAUGGAAGCCUACAUAGGCCUGAGGUGGUAAAAUAGUAAAAUAAAUGGCCUAUAGCAGGCCAUCUGCCAUUUGCAGAGCGUUUUCAUCGUGCCUCUUGCCAAACUGGAAAUUAGUCUUUGUAUUAAAAAUAUAUUUUGAAUACAAAUCAAAGAUUUCAAAUGCUUAGCGUUACACAUGGCAAGCACAUUUCUAUCUGGGAGCUAGAGGAGCCCAGGGAAGUUGCACUGGAAGAAUAUUGCUUGGUUGGAUGCUCAGGGCUCUUCUCUUUCCCCUCUCUUUGUCUUCCCAGUAAGCAAGGAUUUACUUUUGUGAAACGCUCUCCAGACAGGGGAAGCCCACUCUUGCAGGUGGCAGCUGAAGGGAGGAAUUUCAGAGAGUGGCGAUUUCACCCAAGUCCUUGCAGCUGUGUCCCAGCUGAGGACCUGCCUCUAAACGGGGCUUCUACAGAGCUGCUCAUCUUGGAAUCCUUCGACCACGGGCUGAUCCAUUGCCACAGAUGCCCUCUGAAAGGAAGGCAGCUUUUCUAUAUCACAACCUGAGGUGUCCUCAGUUAUGGACCGCAGAAAUCCAAGCUCGGAUUUUGCGCACACAGCGGGGCGUGUUUGGGAGGUUCUGACUGAUACCACAGCACACACAUCCAGGCCUAGCUCAAAGUGUGUUUAAGAGCACUCUGAAGAAGCCAAAGACAGGGAUGCAGAGAGAGGGAAGAGCCUGUUUCUUUCAUUUUACGCAGAAAUGUUUGUGCGUAAAAUCGCGCUAAAGUCAGAUAAAUUGUUGCUGUCUGCUAACAGUGAGCCCAAACUAGUUUCAAUGCUGUAAUCCGGAUAUUUUGUUAACAUUGCCUUCGUACUCGCCUUUCUCUGGGCACUCAAACACCUCGAUUUGAAGGUAUUGGGUGUGCCUUUAGCUGUGCAAUUGUAACUGGUGUUCUUUACAUGAGUUUCUUGUAAGCUUCUCAGCUGUUCGUGUUCCACAGCCACAGCAGCUUGAAAACAAGUGUGCAUGUUUGUGGAAAGCCUUUUGUCCUUCAGGAAGCUGGGUCCACUUGCAAGUUUUUCGUGGUUGCAAUUAACAGGAGAUGUUAUUUAAAAUCAAGGAUAAGAAAUGGGGAGUAUUUAACUGGAGCUUUCAACACGGAUAUUUUAUUCCCCCUUUCCCCACCCCCUGAAGACAAACCCUUACUUUAAGCAUUCAUCCUUUGGAUAUGUCUAAUGAUGAUGGAGUUGGAUGAUGAGAGGUCACGGAGUUGAUGCGGAGCUGCUGGGAGCCGGGAUCUGCCCGGAGCACGAUGCCCUGCCCUGCCCCUGGCCUUGGCAAGCUGUGAGCUGCUCAUGUCCAUAAGGAGGAAGGAUGGCUCAUGGAAUUCCUUCACAAGGCAAAGUUACCAUAACGGUGGAUGAGUACAGCUCCAACCCAACGCAGGCGUUCACGCACUACAACAUCAACCAGAGCCGCUUCCAGCCUCCCCACGUGCACAUGGUCGACCCCAUCCCAUAUGACACUCCAAAGCCAGCGGGCCACACGCGCUUUGUCUGCGUCUCAGACACGCACUCCAGAACAGAUGGCAUCCAGAUGCCCUACGGGGACAUCCUGCUCCACACGGGCGACUUCACCGAGCUGGGACUGCCCUCUGAGGUUAAGAAGUUUAAUGACUGGUUAGGAAACCUACCAUAUGAAUAUAAAAUAGUGAUUGCUGGGAAUCAUGAACUGACAUUUGAUAAGGAAUUCAUGGCAGACCUUGUUAAACAAGAUUACUACCGCUUUCCCUCUGUGUCCAAAUUGAAACCAGAGGACUUUGACAAUGUUCAGUCACUCCUGACAAAUAGUAUUUACUUACAAGAUUCAGAGGUAACAGUUAAAGGAUUCCGAAUAUAUGGUGCCCCGUGGACACCGUGGUUUAAUGGAUGGGGCUUUAAUCUACCCAGAGGUCAGUCUUUGCUAGACAAGUGGAACCUUAUUCCUGAGGGAAUUGAUAUACUAAUGACACAUGGACCUCCCCUUGGUUUCCGAGACUGGGUUCCCAAGGAGCUGCAGAGAGUGGGCUGUGUGGAGCUGCUGAACACAGUGCAGAGGAGAGUCAGGCCCAAGCUGCAUGUCUUUGGUGGGAUUCAUGAAGGUUAUGGCAUCAUGACAGAUGGCUACACCACCUACAUCAACGCCUCCACGUGCACAGUCAGCUUCCAGCCCACCAACCCUCCCAUCAUCUUCGACCUUCCCACCCCUCAAGGAUCCUGAAGCACUACUGGGGAAGGUCUAUAAACUGCCAUUUUCUAAUUAAAAACUUACAUUCAUGUUUAUUUCAAAAUAGGGGC